CGCCCCCGAACGAGAGGCGUCUACACUAUUUUUGUACACCGUGACUUGCGGUACCCGACGAGAAAGGUUUUGCGUGUAUUGUUGUAUACUCAACUUACAAUUAUGCCACGGGACGUGAAUGCAUAUUUGACAGCUCAACAGGCAAACAGCCCACCCGAACUGGCCGAAGAAUGGGCGGAAUUCGAAGACUUUUACAACAAGCGACUCUGGCACCAGAUUACUCUGAAACUUCUAAAGUUUGUAAAGUCGCCGCACAUGCAACAAGAUGAAGCCAUACUUAACCUUUAUGAAAAUUUCAUCGCAGAAUUCGAGAACAAAAUGAACCCGCUCUCUUUCGUUGAAAUUGUCGCAUGCAUUGUGCAACACAUCAAAGAUGUUCCAGCACGUCUCCAGUUUGUGGAGAAGACAAAAGAAAAGGUAAAAGGCACAACAGAGGCUGUGAUCCUCUGCAACGUAAUCUACGGACAACACAAGCUGAAGAAUGAAAACCUCGAUGACGUUAAGAAAAUAAUCGAAGAAACGGAAGCUCUCAUGGAGACCCUGGACGGUGUAACCCAAGUGCAUGGCCGGUAUUACCAGCUGUGCAGUGACUACCACCAGGUGAUGGGAAACCAUGCGGGGUACUACCGCGAAGCUCUUCGUUUCUUGGGUUGCACGGAACUAAGUGAUAUACCGCAUGAGGAACAGUCUUCUAGAGCUUUCACAUUAUGCCUGGCAGCUUUACUUGGAGAUGGAGUGUAUAACUUUGGAGAACUUUUAGCGCAUCCUAUCCUGGACUCUUUGAAGAACACCGAGAAGCAGUGGGUGGUGGACCUCCUGUAUGCAUUCAACAGUGGCAGUCUCUCAAAAUAUGAGGCCUUACGGUCUGCCUGGAUGCAGCAGGUAACCGUAUCCAUGCCCGACUUAGCGGCCAAGGAGUUGGCGUUGCGGCAAAAAAUCUGCCUCUUGUGCCUGAUGGAAAUGACAUUCAGGCGCCCUGGUAACCAGAGGGUCCUCACAUUUGAAGAGAUUGCCAGGGAAACACAGCUUCCAUUGCAUGAGGUGGAGCUACUUGUGAUGAAAGCUCUUUCAUUGGGCUUAGUCCGCGGUACCAUAGACCAGGUGGAUUCAAAAGUGCACAUGACGUGGGUGCAACCCAGGGUACUCGACAAAGAACAGAUUGCAUCAAUGAAAAAUCGUCUUGAUGCGUGGAAUAUGGAUAUAUCUUCGAUGGAGAAGCUUCUGGAGACAAAGGCUCAAGAAAUUGUCUCCUUCUGAAAGAUUAAAGGGUGUUCUUCCUCCGUAUUA